AUGCGCGUCAACCGCACGUCGGUCGGUCGUCGUCGCGCCUGUUCGCAGCCUGUCAUCGACCCGGACGAGCCACUUCCUAUCGAGCCGAGCGGAUCGCUCGCUAUGGCUUCGAAACUCUCGCACGGGCGACCGACGACGCUUGCAGGGCGUCCCCAACCAAGGCAGGCGUCUGCUAAUAUCUACAGCAUGUUUGACGAACCCACCAUCCAGCAAUUCAAGGAGGCCUUCACGGUGAUCGACCAAGACGGAGACGGUAUCAUCACCGAGAAGGAUCUGAAGGCAAUGUAUGCCAGCCUGGGCAGGCCAGUCUCGGCUGAACAACUGACGAGCCUCACAAGCAAGACCUCAUCACCUGGCGCAAUCAAUUUCACACUCUUCUUGAGCAUGAUGGCCGACCGGCUGCUCAAGCUGGAUCCUGCUGAGGACAUGCUUGAAGCAUUCGCCUGCUUCGACGAGACUGAUCAAGGUCUUGCCCCCUCCAGCGAGCUCAAGACCUGGCUGACCGAAUACGGCGAUCGUAUGACUCCCGAAGAGGUGGACAGGCUGCUCACGCCGCCCUUUGCUAAUCGCUCAGGUCAUUUCGAUUACAAACGAUUCAUUGGAGCGGUCAGCGUCACCGAGGGCGAGCAGAAGCGAAUGUCUGUGCGCGAGUCUAAGGGAUGGCCUUUCACCGGUAGUCAAGCAAGUGUGUCUAGCAUGUGUGGCAGUCGCCAAACAUGGAUCAGACAGAGCAGAAGGAUCAAGUUCGGUGUCGGCUUGCUCGCUGUCUUACUCUGUGUCCAGCUUGUCUGGCUUGUGGGGUUGCAUCAGGCAUGGCACGCCAACAGAGAAGGCUCUGUGGCCCAGCGGCUGCUUCCUGCCUUCAUCCCCGGCUCAGAAGAGGAUCCGGUGCUGUCUGAAGAUCCAGAGCUGUCUCACUACCAGAAGCUGCGGCUUUACGAAUUCGACGCAGCGGCUCAGUACGAUCGAGCUCGUCAUGAGAUGCCCCUGGUCAGGAUGUGGACGAUGGGUCUCGGCGGACAGGCCAAUAAUCAGCUGCAAGAAAUGCUUAUGCAUCACUGGAUGGCCCAUCUCACGAAUCAAACACACGUCUACAAAGGCCUCAAGGCUCGCGCCAGACACUGGGAGCACAUACCUCUGUCCGCUUUCCUGCCUCGCCUGACGCGAACCGGCGUGUCGGAGGAGUACUACACUCAAACUUGCCCCAAGGCGGUGCGCAUUCACCCAAAGCUAGAUUUCGAGCCACGCUAUCGCCGUCGCAGUAAGCGUGCCGUUGCCGUCAACCCUUCACUGUCGGAGCACAGCAACGACACAGACUUUGUUGACUGGUCCAGAGAAGCGAUUGCGGACCAGACGCCACUAACAGACGAAGAGCUGGAGCAUCUGUUGUGGCUUCACGAACAGGACGAUGCUAUUCGAGCAGAGUACAGGGUCCCUCCUGCCCGAGUCUGGAACGCUUCACUGGAGUAUUUAGUGACAAGGAGCACGGCCCGUUGUGUCGACCACGCCAGCUGGCUCAUCGAUUUCGGCUUCUGGUCAAGUGCUGCCUACCUCAGGCUUAUCCCGGCCUACGUUAGCUACCUACGCCAGAUCUUCGUCUGGUCUGAUGUCAUUCGUCAAACCGCUCGGACCACACUACAAGAACAUCGCAUAGUCGCAUCAAGUCAGGCAGUAAGUCCGUGGCAGAGAUUCCUCCAGGCAGUGAUUGGACGACCAUCCACCGGCUUCAUGGCUGUGCACAUGCGACUUGGUGAUUUCACAGAUCACUGCCGGUACCUUGCGAGCGUACAGUAUCGGUCUGCUGGUGUCGCGGCGCACCCCAUCUUCAGCCGUCGCAAGCCGCCGCCCUAUGCGUCUGCAAAGCGCAAUUUGACCACUGACGAGUGGCUAUUACACUGCUCCCCAACGCCACAGCGGUAUCUCAAUCUCAUCGACGUAGCCCUACGCGAGCACGAGCGGCGGACCGGCGGCAGGCUGCGAGGCAUCUACAUCUUGCACAACGCAGGCUCAGACGAGGACGACGCGAUCGUUGACUGGCUGCACGACAGGCUCGUGCUGGAGCCUUAUGCGCUCGAAUUUGCAAGUUCAGAGAGCGCAGUGGUAUGGAGCAGGCCAGUAGACGAGCUCGAACGGGACGAUUACGCCUUUGCGGUGGACAUGGAGAUCGCAGCACAGGCAGAUGUCUUCAUCGGCAACUCAUUUUCCUCCAUGUCAAGCAACAUACUUGCUCAGCGGCUCGGCAAGAAUCCAGCAGGGACAGGCUCGUGGAUUCUGUAGUGUCACGCAGAUCGUGUCUGAGCACUGCAAUGUUGACAUGCCCUUUUGCUGGUUUGCAAACGUACAACAAGCUGAGCAGCCGUGUCUCAUGCGGGCAGCCAUUUCCACAGACCUCUGGCUCGCUUGGAGCAGCACCG